AUGGCCCAUACGUUGGAUCAUCCUGGCUUCCACACGCCCUGUUUAACUUUCGACCAAGAUGCCUCCCAAACGGUCGCCGACGACCAGGUUUCUCACUCCACUAAUGCUACAGAAAAGUACCACGAGGUUCAAUACAACUUCCUCGCCGAAAAUGCACCAUUCGAGUCUGCGAUCCGAUGCGCCGCCAUGUUUUACAAACAAUUCCACUUCGCAGGACCUUGGGACGGCAGAGACGCGCUUCGAAAGACCCUAAGGUCCUUGGAGCAAUCAGGAAACAAAGAUUUUGCGGGAUUUGAUAAGCAAAUUGAGUCCGAUUCAUUCAAGGAAUGGGAGCGCGACUACUUCGACAUGGUCAGGACUUCUAAAAAAUCAAUCAUGGAUGGCUUUCUGACGUGGCAAAAGCAGCAGGCUCAACGAGCGAGUAUUUCCGAAGGAAAGAAGGUGCUAUUGACUCGUAUAUCCUUGGUCAGCAACCUGGCUUCGGAGGCUAAUAAGGCAGCUGAGAAAGAAAUGCUGGACUCAUCAGACCAGGAGAUUUCAACAGCUUCUGGCAGCAACUCAUUACCGAGUGAAUAUUCUGUGCGACAACAACAGACUGAGGAUCCCACUGUGCCAGAACCAGUCUCUGUAGCACCAUCCACUUUGUCGUCUUUAUCCUCAUCGUCGUCAUCGCUCACCGUCUCUCCCCCAGAGUCCCCAUUCAUCGACGAGAAAAGCAAACAUCCCGAUGUAGAAGUUGAUGUGGUAUCGAUAGCGGAGGUCGGAGCGAUCUUUAAAAUCAAGCUCUUCGACUUUACUGGCUGCCUUGGCGACAUGAACGUGGGGAGGGACUUUAAUAAGUACUUCACGCGAUCUGCAGAGCUGAAGUACAACAAGGACUCGUUUCCCGACUUUCUGGCAAUUAACGGUAUACUUUUCUUGCGAGACCGACCGACCAAGCUACAAGAGGAAUGUUUCAAGCAGCGCUACCACAAAAUUCUGGAGGUUAUGAAAGGAUACAUUCCGGAACCAGCGGAUGAUACAGUCGAGGAGGCACUCAGCUCCGUUCGCAGAUGGAAAGACACAUACGAAUUCAAGUUCCGUAAAGUGCGUGACGUUGGCGUGGCUCGAAGGGCUUUACAGGAGGCUGUUGAGGGUGCAAAAACAUCGUCCUGGAAAUGA